AUUAAGCGGCUAUGAAGCAACUCAGGCCACUGCAGCCUCAAAACCUAAGUCAAAGUAACACUUGAUUUGUUGUUUAUCAUCAAUAAAUCUAAACAUAAAUGACACUGAGCUGCCAGCCACUGAAACCGGUAGCUCGUGCGAGGAAUCAGCAUCGUCCUCAGCUUGUCAGGGCCCUCGCAAGCCCGAACCCAGCCGUUUUGGAGGGUUAUAUGCGGAAAUGAUUUUGGCCAGUCACACAGUGACCUUGUUUCGUCAUGAACCGGCUGCCCGAAACCCGCCCACGCCGUCGCACCGGCUUUCGUCGGUAUUCGGACGCGGGCGCUGGUCGCGACUUGCAUGCGCGGCUGCUGCCCAUGGGGCGGAUGCAGGCGACAGAGUCGGGAGCCAACGGGCGCAGGGGCGCACACGAGCCAGCCCGGCACGUCGCCCCUCUGCUGAUGAACCGCAGCAGCGAGGACCUGACCCAACAGCUCCAGCAGCGGGAGCUCGGACGCGUCCUUCUUCUCAGCAGCUGCUGAGGAGGGGGCGCCAGCCGCAGCCUGCCAGGCGGCGUGAGCAUGAGGACAACCAACAGCAGGCGGAGCCGGGGUCCGGCCACUUAGCGGAAGCGGACGCACACUCUGAUGUGGAUCCGACAGACCUGCCUCCACAGUGGCAUUUCGGGGCCGGUGGCGGCGCUAGGAACGCCCGACGCCACGCAGGUGCCCAACAUGUUGGCGACGACGGCAGGCACACCGGCAGUAGCAGUGGCAGUAGCAGCGGCGGAGGCAGGCUCACAGGCAGCAGGAGUGCCCUGUUCGCUGGGUACCACGAUGACGAUGAUGAUUACGUUGACUCUGGUGACUAUGGCGGUGGGCGGCUUGUGGAUCGAUUGAAUCCGGAGAUGGCGGAGGAGCUGCGGCGGCUGGAACGGCAGUACGGCUCAGCCAACCGCACGGACGACAGUUUCCGCAGCCGCCAGUCGCGAUUGGACCGAAUCAUGGCCGCCCGCCAGUCAGUGUACGGCGCCCGCCACCGGGACGCGGAUGUACGGCUGUUGGCGUUACGGCGGGAGCUGGCGGCCGAGGGGCGGCGGCGGCGGCGCGGGCGCUUCGCUGCCGAUGAUGCGCUGCCGCGGCGCAGCACGUGGCACAAGCUGGCGGCGGGAAUGCAGCGGACCAUACUGCACGAGCGCUGUGUCGCGCUAGAGCUGGCGCUGGCAAGCGGCGGCGCCGCUGUUUCUGGCGGGACCCUGUCGUACGAUGGCGCGCGGCGGCUGUACCUGGCGGCGCCACAACUGCUAACCGACAUAACGUACGGCGUGGCGGCGCGGCUGCGAGCACUGGCGGUGGCGGUGGCGGGGACGGUUGAGCAGGCAGCCGCAGCGAUCUCAGCACGGCCGCUGCUGUGCUCACUGCGGGUGGACCGACUGGAGGCGUGUGCGGCGGAGCUGGCGGCGUGGCUGGCUCAGGGCGGACCACCGCAGCCCCUGCACCGGGUGGUGGCCGCGCUGGCGGCGGAGCCUUCGCUGGCCGCGCAGGGCCCCACGCCACUUCUGGCAAGGCUGCAGGUCCUGGCGACCAGCUGCCGCCUGUCUAGGGAGGGCGCGCUGCAGCUGCUGCUGCGGGCGCCGCGGCUGAUGGCGCUCGAGCCCGCCGCAAUUGCGCAGCGAGCCGCCGGCAUGCAGGCCGCCCUGUCGCCGCCCACAGCCGCCACCACUGCGGCCACGGCGGCCUCUACUCCAGCAACCUCGUCUGCUUCCUCUUUGCCGUCGCCGGCGCCAAGACAGGCUGGCGGCCAGGCCGAGGGAGUGAGGAGUAUCGGGCUGGUGCGGCCGACCUCAGCGGGCGUGAGCGGCGGCGCGGGUGGCGGUGUGCACGUGGCUGCGUCGUGCCCGGGGCUGCUGCUGGCGAGCAAGGAGCAGCUUCAGGAGCGGCUGGCGCAGCUGCAGCAGCUGCUGGCGCUGUCUCAUGGUCAGGCGGUACAAGUGCUCACCGCGCAGCCCGCAGUGGCGCUGCUGCCGGCUGCAGCGUUGGCAGCCGCUGUCGAUUGCCUUUGCAGCUGCCUGGACGGCGGCAGUGACAAUGACAGCGAGGAGAGAGAGGAGGUAGAGCCAGCAGCAUCGCCAGGAGGUGGUGGGAGCAGUGGAGCACGCUCGGGGGCAGCAACCGGCACCACGUUUCCGCAGCUGCAGCUGCAGCUGCCACCGCCGCAUGUCCAGGGCCUGGUGCUUCGCUGCCCCGACGUGCUACUGCUGAAGCCCCGGACUGCUACUGCCGCCCUGGAGGCGCUCACAGUCAUGGCUGCAGAGCUGACCGCCCCCAGUGCACCUUUCUACGACGUGCCCUCUCGCGCUGCGCCCAUGAGCGGCCUUGUCAACAACGGCCGGAGCAGCACAAGCACCAGCAGCGCCGCCACGACGCAUCGGGGGCGCAGCCGGGAGCAGCAGGAAACACAAGGCCAGCAGCUGGGGACCAGUCCACGCGAAUCGGGCGGCCAGGGAGGCCUGGAGGUUGAAGCUGCGGGAGGUUUGCAGGAAGCUAGGAAUGCCGCGGCUGCCCUGGUGCUGCGCGAGCCGCGGCUGCUGCUAUGUCGCGUGGUGCCCCUCGGCUCGGAGCCAGGCGCGGCGCUGGCGCCCGCCGGUGCGCGAGAGCGCCAGCGAAGCGUGAUGUCAUGGGUUGAGGCACUGGACGGGGCACAGGAGAAACUCAGCCUUGACCCCAUGGCGGUGGCGGCCGAAGGGCCGUACUGGCCCCGGCCGGUGGCGCCCAGCCCGCUUGCACACCUGCUGCAAGGCGACCUGCAAGAGAGCCCGGGGGCCGCGGCGCCUCCUGGUGACGUGGGCGAGCUGGCCGCAGCAUCGGCGCGGCUGGCGGCGGCGGCCGCCGGCGCGGCGCCGCCGCCGGUCGACGUGGGGCUCCGCUUCGCAGAGCUGCAGAAGCUGCUGAUGCUACAGCCGCAGACGGGCCGAGCAUCAGGCUCGGCUGUAGCACCACAAGCACGGGCGUGGCUGUGGGAGCAUGUGCUGUUGCCGCAGCCGCGGCUGCUGCUGGCGCCGUCGGCGCAGCUGCAGGCGACGGUGGCGGCUCUAGGCAGCUGGUUCUCAGUGUCACCGCAGGCGCUAGCGCCGCUCCUGCUGCCGGGCCUCGUCGUCGCCGGCCCGCACGGGCUGCCGGUACUGCUGCCGCAGCCACGGCCGCCAGCCGUCAAGCGCACAGGGCAAGAGGUGGCGCUGCCGAAGAGCCACGUGACACUGCUAACAUGGACGGCAGAGGAGGUGUCUGCGGCCGGGUACCGCGUGUGGGCCUGGCUGGGUGGCGCUGGCGCUGGCGGUGCGGCGGCGGCGGACCUUGCAGCGGUGCUUCGUGAGCUGCCGGGGCUGCUGCACGACCCGCCCACCAUGCGCGCCUGCGCUCUGGUGCUUAAUGCGCUGGUGGCGGAAGCAGCACCACCGGCCGGCCCUUCUGGAGGCCGAGACGAGCUUCCAGCUUGGGUCACUGCCUUCGCUACCAGGAGCCCAGCGGGCAGCGUGUCUGCCGCUGCGGGUGGCACCGAGACGCUGCCGGGCUCGCGCGGCUUGGCCGGAGCUGCGGUCCCGGCUAUGCCCCCGCUCGCCUGCGCGCUGCUGCUGCGCUUCUCGCAGCAGCUGCUGUCGCCGCCGCUGCUGCGCCUGCUGCUUGGCCCCGGCCUCGGCCCCGGCCUGAAUGCCGACCUGCAGCGGGGGGGCGGCGGUGGCCACGGCGACAGCUGGGUUGCUGGCAGUAGCACAAUAGCAGGCGCAUUGCGCCAAGGCGGCGUCAUCGGCGGCAUGCAGCUGGAGCAGGUGGUGGGGCAGCUCGUGCAGCUGCUCGGCGUGGGAUCGCUGGCGGCGGUGGUGCUGGUGCUGGCGAGCGGCGGCGCGGCGGCGGAGCAGGUGGAGCAAGUUACGGCUGCGGGCGCCGAGGCGCAGCAGCGCGUGUUGACCGCGCUGGAGCUCACCACGCAGGCCGGCAGCGGCUGGGCGCGCGAGCGGCAGCGGUUUCUGCAGGGCAGCACCUCGGGACCGGCGGCAGUAGCAGCUGCAGCAGGUGGCGGCGGCGAGGACCUGGACGCGGUGGCUGUGGCGGCGGCGGAGCUGCUGCUGCCGCUGCAGCACUGGCGGCGCGUGCCGCGAAUGGAGGCGCUGGCGGCGGCAGUGCACCGCAUCCGCAUCACCGUGCACAACGGCCACGCCUGCGCGAGGCUGUCAGCUACACGGCGGUGCUGCAGCUGAGUGAGCCGGAGUGGGAAGAGCUGGCGGCGGAAAUGCGGCUGUGAAG